AUGAUGGCGCAGGAAGCGCCGAGGGGACAGGGUGGUGAUGGAUGUAAUUGGUAUUGUUGGAUUGAGGAGAGAAUUGCGCGGUUGGAGAGGUUUAUGUUAACGAAUGGCGAUAUUCCCCCGUUGGUGAAUGAGACGAGCUUCACGGGUACGGCGGUAUCUGAACCGGAACCUGUAGAGACGAGUGGUGCGAACUAUUACAGCACUACCUUUGGGACACCUGGAUUACCGUAUAUCUCUACGCUUGCUCCAGCCGAGCCUUCAACUUCCAUACCCAGCAGUAACGAGAUCGUCCAAGCCUUCACGUUCAGUCCAGCCUCAUACGCAACACCGUCUCCGACUACUCCCCAACCCUCAUCGACACUCCUCACCCUCAUCCCAUCGCACGAACCGCUAGCCCAACCAGCCAAUUUCACCCACGCCGGCUAUCGUGCAGUAGCCUACUACGGAAACUGGGACAUUUACAACCGUAACUACCAACCGCAACAUAUCCCCGCUUCGAAACUAACCCACCUCCUCUACUCGUUUGCGAUUGUAAACUCAAACGGCACCGUCUUCCUCACCGACACCUACGCCGACACGGACAAGCACUACAGCACCGACUCACGGAGCGACGCGGGAAACAACGUCUACGGCAGCAUCAAACAACUGCAACUUCUCAAAGCCUCGAACAGAAACCUCAAGGUCCUGCUCAGCAUCGGCGGGUGGACCUACACCAACACGAACCGGGCCAUGGACACGCCCACAUCGAGCACGCACGGAAUCCAGCGCUUCGCCGCCUCGUGCGUCCAGCUCAUCCGCAAUUACGGCUUCGAUGGCGUUGAUAUUGACUGGGAGUACCCGUCCACAACGGAGCAAGGAAGCGCCUUCCUCGCGCUGCUGCAAGAAAUUAGACGUCAAAUGGACGAUUAUGCAAACACGCUGGUAUACGGGGAUGAUUUUGGACACGAGAUGAAGCCGAGCUUCCUGUUGAGCAUUGCGGCGCCGGCGGGGGAAACAAACUACAGGAACAUGCCGCUGCGCGAAAUUAGCCGGGUUACGGAUUUUGUUAAUUUAAUGACGUACGACUAUGCCGGUUCUUGGGAUAAUGUUACGGGACAUGCCUCGAAUCUGUAUGCGUCGGCUGAGAACCCGCUCAGUACGCCAUACAACACCGCGUCGGUACUGGCCGCCUAUUAUGCAGCCGGGGUCCCGCCUGCCAAGCUGAAUCUGGGCAUGCCUCUGUACGGCCGCUCCUUCACGAAUACCCAGGGUCUUGGGCUGCCGUACAACGGCAUUGGCAUAGGCUCUUGGGAGGCGGGUGUGUACGACUUCAAAGACUUGCCGUUAGCCGGUGCCCAGGAGUUUUACGAUGCAGAGGCGGGUGCGACGUAUAGCUAUCACAAUGGAAGCGGUAUGCUGGUGAGUUACGAUACUGUGCCCAUGGCGCUGCGCAAGGUAGUCGACCUUGCGCAGCAGCGGCUAGGUGGGGCAAUGUGGUGGGAGAUUAGUGGUGACAGGAUGGACGAGGGGAGCAUUGUGUCAAACUCGUCGCCGAACUGGCUGCUCUACCCCGACUCGCAAUUCGACAAUAUCCGAACUGGAAUUUCUGGUGCGCAGGCACAGGGACUUGGCCGACUUUGA